UCGCAUUUCUGGCAGUGAACUUGGCGCUAUCUCAUAAGUUCCUCCAACUUACUAGUUUCUCGCAAGUCCGAUUGUUUGAAGUGAUACCUGUACUUGUCCCUAGGCAACAAGCUACCUUCAUUUAUCUGCCACCGAAGGAACUGAGCGACUCCGUCGGCUGUGAAGCUCAAGCCCGUGGCGUUGAUGACUUCUUGGUCUACAACCAAGCUGAUGUUGCCUACGGCACUGAAGUAUACGCUGGUAGGGCUCACUACCUUCGAGCCCUGCUGCAGAUUAACGAGCUUGCAGUCCACUACCAUAAGGGAUGGCAAUUGGUUUUUGCUCUGAGCUAG